GCAGCCUUGUUGUGGGUGUGUGCACAGCGCCCAAGAAACACAACUUCUCCCCGCCCGCUCUCCUUUUUGCUCAACCUUCCAGCACGCAUUUCUCUCAGCGGUGUUUUCAAUGCCCAUUAUCAGCAUCAUUCAAACAUAGUUACCGCAAGUCGACUUCAACCCACAGACACCAUGGAGUCGCCGUCAAGUACGCGGUCCAGUCCGUCAAAGGCUCUCAAUCCCUUAUCACCAGACCGUAUGAAUCAACAAGCAAUGCCGAACUCACCCUCAUCUGUGUCCGAUACUCUACGCCUGCAGCGCAAAAGUCAUAGAGGGCUUUCCGAUGUCCAAGCGAAGGUCGCAUAUUUGAACAACUUAUCCCGUAGCGGCAGUCCGGGAGCCGCGGCAGGCUCAACGUCCGCUGGAGGAGUUGCAGCUCUUCAACGAGCCAUCCUUGGACGGGAAGAAGCAGAAUCAGCUCUGACACGGGUUUCAUCUCAGCUUUCGGAAGCCCAGUUACGGGAACGUCGGAUCAGCGAAAGACUCGAGUCACUCUUAGAAGAAUUCCAAUCUUCCAAGGAACGCCAGGCCCACGAGAGGGUUGUUUUUGAGAAAGAAAUACGUAAGGCCCGAAAAGAAGCAUUCCGUGCUGGCUCUACGCUUGUGAAGACACAGGAGGAGUUGAAACACGUGCGAGCCGAGGCGAAGGGUCUAUAUCAGGAAGUUCAGACUGAACGAGAAUCAAAAGAAAAGGCAAAGCAGGAAGCGUUUGAGCGUGCUUAUGCAAUUGCAGGCCUGACAGAGGAGCUCGAGGAGCUCAAAGGACGGCUCCGGACGGCAGAAGCAACCAACCAUUCAAUGACCCUUCAACACGCGCGCGCACGGGAGAUCAAGAAGCAGAAUCUUAAUAGAAUGUCGCUGGCAGAAGGGGACCUUGCUUUGAUAAUGACCCCCAGCCCUCGGAAGCCUAAGCGGUCCGCUGAAGACAUGAGUGAUACGCCCGCGCCGAUGACAACAGAACCAACUGCACAUGAAGAUACGCCGCCAAAGAAGUUAAUAAGAUUAUCUGAUCCACUACCUCCGCACUACACUCAGCAAUUCGAAUGUGCACCCCCUCUUACAGUACAUGAGCUUGUUGAGAGAUUGCAAGAUGACCUCAAAUGGGAGCAAAAGCAAAGAGCUGAUGCAGAAGAUAUGGUCGAGUUUAUGCAGGUCCAGUGUAUGUUCAAGGUGUGCGGCUGCCGUGAACUUGAAAGGUUAGAAAAUGAGGCCCGCUCAAAGAAACAGGCCAGCAUACCCCAGAAGCACGAAGAAGAAACGGAGAAUGUGAAAAAGCAGGAGCGGGAAAUCGUCCAGGCCGAAGAGAAUACUCCCCAACAAGCAAAUUAUGGAUCGUUAGAAAUGGGAGCCGAAACGAGCGAGGUGCAACAAGCGGAACCCGAAGCGGGACUGCAGGAGGAAUUGCAAGAGGACUCUCAAGAAGAACCCCAUGAGGGCUCCGAGGAGGAAAAGCAGGAGGAACAACCCGAGGAGGGAGAAUCCCAUGAAGAGGUCGGAGAACCGGUCGUCACAUUCUCACCAGUUACUGGAACUUUCCGGACAAUCCCCUCGCCUCUUCGACCCUCGCCACAGAAGCAGCGUCAAGAUUCCAACGCCGAUGAUUCACAAUCUUCGCCAACCGGAUCUAAAAGUAGGCCGGAAGCUCAUUCUGCCUCUUCCGGUUCUGUUCCGAAAAAUUUGACUCCAGGAGCCCGUCAUUCUCCAAUGACCGCUGAAACGCAGUCCCAAACCAAACACGACAACUUGAAAGAUUUGGAAGAUGUGGAUAAUGUGAAUGAAACCCACAACGUCCAGACAGUUCCUUUGCGAACUGAGGACGAGAUGCCGGGUGACUUCACCGCUGCCCCAGGGACGCCUGUCAGCAGAGAGCAAGCACUGGCCCAAAUAAGAGCUCGACGCGGGAGGACCAGUGCCAUGAAGAGAUCUGUCAGCGCCAACGACGCUGGCUUUCGUGCUGGGGGGUUGAAUGUUACUCCAGCACGAGUGGCUCGGAGAAUCCCUGGUGUUCAGCAUAGCGAUCCACGAGGUAUCGGCAUCAAGAAGUCUCGCAGAGAUAUGAGUGCUCCAAUGCGGGUAUUCCGCUGA